CGCGCCUGCCCGCCAGCCCGGCCGGAGCCUGCAGCCAUGUCGCGGGGGCCCGAGGAGGUGAACCGGCUCACGGAGAACACGUACCGGAAUGUCAUGGAGCAGUUCAACCCUGGACUACGGAAUUUAAUAAAUCUAGGAAAAAAUUACGAAAAAGCUGUUAAUGCUAUGAUCCUGGCAGGAAAAGCCUACUAUGAUGGAGUGGCCAAGAUUGGGGAGAUUGCUACUGGGUCCCCUGUGUCAAUGGAGCUGGGCCAUGUCCUCAUAGAGAUUUCAAGCACCCACAAGAAGCUCAAUGAGGCUCUUGAUGAGAAUUUCAAAAAAUUUCAUAAGGAGAUUAUCCAUGAGCUGGAGAAGAAGACAGAACUGGACGUGAAGUAUAUGAAUGCUACUCUAAAAAGAUACCAAGCAGAACACAGGAAUAAAUUAGAUUCUCUGGAGAAAUCUCAAGCAGAGUUGAAGAAGAUUAGAAGAAAAAGUCAAGGAGGACGAAAUGCACUCAAAUAUGAACACAAGGAAAUUGAGUACGUGGAGACUGUUACUUCUCGCCAGAGUGAAAUCCAGAGGUUCAUUGCAGACGGCUGUAAAGAGGCUCUGCUUGAAGAGAAAAGGCGCUUCUGCUUCCUGGUGGACAAGCACUGUGGCUUUGCCAGUCACAUACACCAUUACCACCUGCAGUCUGCAGAAUUACUUAAUUCCAAGCUGCCCCGGUGGCAGGAAACGUGUUGUGAUGCCACCAAAGUGCCAGAGAAAAUCAUGAAUAUGAUAGAAGAGAUAAAGACCCCCAUUUCCACGCCAGUGUCCGGGACACCACAGCCAUCACCCAUGAUUGAGAGAAGCAACAUGAUUGGGAAAAAUUAUGACACCCUUUCUAAAUACUCACCAAAGAUGCCCCCAGCUCCUUCGGCCAAAGCCUACGCUGGCCCUUUAAUUGAUAUGUUCAAUAACCCAGCAACGAUUACUCAGAGUUCAGAAAGGAUAAAUAACUCAACAGACGCUUCAGAAGACCCUAGUUUACAGAGAUCCGUUUCUGUUGCAACUGGACUGAAUUUGAUGAAAAAGCAGAAAGUGAAGACCAUCUUUCCUCAUACUGCUGGCACCAACAAGACCUUACUCAGCUUUGGCCAGGGAGACGUCAUCACACUGCUCAUCCCCGAGGAGAAGGAUGGCUGGCUCUACGGAGAGCAUGACGCCACCAAAGCGAGGGGUUGGUUUCCUUCAUCGUAUACAAAGUUGCUAGAAGAAAACGCAAAGGAAGCAGUGACUAUGCCCACACCAAGUCCCGCCCCAGUGAGAAGCAUGAGCACCGUGGACCUGACGGAGAAGAGCGGCGUGGCCAUCCCCCCGCCUGACUACGUGGAGUGUCUGUCCACGGGAGCUGCCGCAGACCCGAGAGCAGAGGCUGCCAAAACCACGUCUACCUUCAAAGCCGCAGUGUCCAAACCAGAAAUAUCUCCUACUGAAGCAAAUGGGACUGCAAAGCCGCCUUUCCUCAGUGGAGAAAACCCCUUUGCUACUGUGAAACUCCGACCAACGGUGACAAAUGAUCGGUCAGCACCAAUCAUUCGAUGAAGACGCUGUGGCUCCUCGGGGCUCUCACCUGCAAACAUAAAUGAGUGUGCACUGCGGGACAAACGCUGGGACUGCCAGAGCUUCACCAGGGGCACCUGACUCCUGACUCCCAAUGAAUCCUACUUGAAAAUCAAUGCAUUUUUCUCAACACAGUUGAGUUUAUACAUUUCUGUCUCUUUUAAGAUAAAUGAAUGACAGCUUAGUGAACAGCUUAAUCAUUUUAAAAUGUUCUUUUCUAUUCAAAAAAAGGUGGUAAAUUUGGUUUCAAUCCUUCCUCUUUAAAUAUUUUAUAAUUUUUAAAUAACAGCCAGAAUAAGAUAGCACCUGGCUUCCUGUACCUGAAUGCGAAUGAGAGCAGUUUUGUUUUCUAAAGCUUGUGCUCUUGAGUAGCAUUAUGAUGCUCAUCUAAAGAAGCCAUUAUGUAAGUUUGCAUCUUAGCAUGCAAAUUAUAUGAAGCAGUAUAAAUUAUGAAACUAUAAUAUAUUAAAUUUAAUUUUUUGACUUACAAAUUUUAAACUUUUGAUUCAACAAGUGUAGAGCUCCCAAAGAUGGAAAGGCCUUGACGUCCUCCCGCUGGGUCGAUGUGGCUGCACAGCGCUCAUGUAACCUGUCCUCAUUCCUAGCCCCACCUGGCACCUGCUAAAUUAUCUCCAGGAGCUGCCUUCAGGGUUACAAGCGACCAGCUGGAGUCCCCUCAGCUCAUCCCCACAACGGCCUGCAUAUUGGACAUGUGACUCCAAAGGCCCAUGUACGAUGUACUCCCUAAGCUAAAUGGCCAAAGCUGUGUCCAUUACUGGGAAAUCUCUGGAGGUCCAAGUUUCUCCAUGUUGGAAAUGGGUACUGGGGGCUGGAAGAUGGCUCUGUGGUUAAAGGUGCUUGCUUGAAUCAGGUACUGACCUGUUGGUGAUGGCCCUUCUGAAGCAGGAUGACUGGUCAGUGGAGGCAGCACUGCCCCAUGCAGACUUGGGCUUCCUGGGACCAAUACCUGCUUAGGGCUCUGCACAUAGCCCUGAAGCAGGGGCUACAGUUUAUCCCUAGCUGCCGAAAAUUUGGACCUAUUUUAGAGUGGCAGAAUGUGAUAAAAAUUCACACCCAGGUAGCUGGGCGUGGUGGCCUUUAAUCCCAGUACUCAGGAGGCAGAGGUAGGAGGAUCACUGUGAGUUCAAGGCCACCCUGAGACUUCAUAGUGAAUUCCAGGUCAGCUAGGGCUAGAGUGAGACCCUACCUCGAAACACCCCCCCAAAAAAAAGUCACACCCAGGCCACUUACUGAGUAGAAAUUUGUAGUUUUAUCAACACCUUUUUGGAUCUCACCACACAAAAAUCUGUAAGCCUGAAAUUCGUCAGGGUCAGUAUAGCUAGAGGCCAGGCUUGUUCCAGCCGGGACAAACAAUGGCAGACUCCCCUGGGAGUACAAACCAGGCACCAGCACCAAGUGCUACUGACGCAGGCCCACCUGUGCUGACACCCUGUACAGACACGAGGUUUGGGACGCGCCACGUGCAGCUGUCCCAGCACUGUCUUGGGAGGGUCGCCCAGCCUGACAGGAAAGAUGUCAAAUGUAACUCCGCACUUAACUGUUAACCACACUAUGACCAAAAAGCUAACACAGGAAGCUCCAACUUUUCAGCAGCCAACGAGUGAAGAGCAGCUUUGGGAUAUAAAGAAGGUAGAAUGGGGCUGAGGGAGUUGCAUACUGGCUCUGACAUAAUGUACAGAUGACAGGCCCCAGAGGAGCUUGCAGCAUGUUUUCCUAACUUCGGGUUCCCCUCACAGGCCAGGCCACAGUUAUCACCAGCUCCCAGGAAGGUAACACCUCAGGUCCCGGGCCCCAAGGGGCAUGCUCUGCAGAUGUCAAGGUUAAUGUUAUAUUGAAUGUCAAUAAUAAAGGAGUUUGAAACACA